UCCCCUUCUCAGAUAAUGGGAGGAGCCCGCGACCAGCAAGCUCUUUCCUUUCGCUGCUGCGUCCGCAGCCAUGAGUAUGCUCAGGCUACAGAAGAGGCUUGCCUCCAGCGUCCUGCGCUGUGGUAAAAAGAAGGUCUGGUUGGACCCCAACGAGACCAAUGAAAUCGCCAAUGCCAACUCCCGUCAGCAGAUACGGAAGCUGAUCAAAGAUGGGCUGAUCAUCCGGAAGCCUGUGACUGUGCAUUCCCGGGCUCGAUGCCGGAAAAACACUUUGGCUCGACGGAAGGGCAGGCAUAUGGGCAUAGGAAAGCGGAAGGGUACUGCCAAUGCCCGGAUGCCCGAGAAGGUGACCUGGAUGAGAAGAAUGCGGAUCCUGCGCCGCCUCCUCAGGAGAUACCGUGAAUCCAAGAAGAUUGACCGCCAUAUGUAUCACAGCCUUUACCUGAAGGUCAAAGGGAAUGUCUUCAAAAACAAGCGGAUUCUCAUGGAGCACAUCCACAAGCUGAAGGCAGACAAGGCCCGCAAGAAGCUCCUGGCUGACCAGGCUGAGGCUCGCAGGUCUAAGACCAAGGAAGCAAGAAAGCGCCGGGAGGAGCGCCUCCAGGCCAAGAAAGAGGAGAUUAUCAAGACUCUGUCCAAGGAGGAAGAGACCAAGAAAUAAUAGAGCUUCCCUCGAGUCUGUACAUAGUGGGCUGCCUGUGGCCUCAGGUGGAUCAGUCAGUAAAAUAAAACAAGCCUUUGUCUGGUGCCCUCUUUUUUGG